AUGGGAGCCUUCCCUCUCCGAGGGGGCGGGGCAUUUAACAUACAAGAGCCCGGACUUUUCCCAUCCCGGAAGCUUCCAAACCUGGCAAUGGGUACUGGGCCCGUCUUCGGCUUCCUCACUGACCCCGGACGGGCAGCGGCUGCGGACAGAGCGGGAUCCAGGCACCCGCCAGCCUGCUCGGGACUCCUGGUAGUUCCUCGGGCCGGCCGCGCAUGCCCAGCGGAGAAGGACCCCGUCUGCGGCCGGGCCCGACCUUGCCGCGGGUCUGCGCGUGCGCGGGCUGGGAUACAGCUUCGGAAUCUUGGCCCAGCCCCCAGUGUAGCCCCGGGGACCCGACGUCCAGAAAGGUCCCCUGCUGAGAUGUCUGCCCGGUGUGCAGAUCCGGAGACUAGGGUUUCCCUCAAAAAGCGUGAGGCCAUUGUCGGGGGGCUACCUCGUGUCCCCUCCCCGCCCUCUUCUGCUCCCCCUGGUGGCGCCCCUGCUUUAGGAAGACUUUCCCCGGUGGCCACUGGUACCGGGCUGGCAGGAGAACACCCGCUUCUUGAGCGCCGAUCGGGAACCAGCCUUCCCCGAGGUUCCCUCCGUCCUGUCCGGAUCCCGGACGGUUGCUCUCCUCCCAGGGAUUUCCCGAGAACCACCCCCUGGGCUUCCUCUGCACCCAGCCCUCCGUCCUCCAGCUGGCCUUUGCCUUUCAUCGACAUGAGGAUGUCCCGCCCCCUCCGCGCUCAGCUCCCCCGAACUACAUCCCCCCCAUCCUUCGCGGCCAUGAUCACCGUCUCUAGGUUUUCCCCCUUCCCGGUGCCUGACCCUCCCUUCUGGGCUCCCCUCCCCGGGCCCCAGGCCCUUUUCUCUGGGCUCACCACUCCUGGGCCGGCCACCUCCCCCGGCUGUUACCCGCCCGAUCCUCGUUCCUGGACCUGACACUGUCCUCCAACCCGGGGUCCUGCCAGUCCCGCCGCUCCUUUUUCUAAGCCUCUAUUUCCUUGGCUCCAUUUAAUCCCAAACGCCGAUUAUGGGUAAGCACCUUUAAUGCGUAAUGUACUGGGUCCGCUGCUCCCGGAGGAAAAGCGGUUCCUGCCCCCAGGAGUGUCCGUUUCCUGGUGGUGGCUCAAACCCACAUCCCCAGUGAUGCUGAAACCGGAGUAACUGAGGCAAGGUGGAGAUUAGAGAGAGUUUAAUGUUUUACUUGAAAGGGAGAGAUUUACUGGGACCAGAGGGAUCCAUGGUUUGGUCCUCUCCCAGAAUCCAGCGGCCGAUGCAGCUCUCAGUGGCAUAUUUAUGCACAGUAGCUAAACAAAGGCAGGGGGUGGCGUCCAGACUCUGGGGAGGGGGAAUCUCCAGGCAGGAACCAUCAAUUUGGUUCGGAUAGGGUGGGGGGUAGGACCAUAAAUUCUUACUAACUGGGCAGUAAGAAAGUGUCUGGCUAGAGACAGCAUGGCUGCGUUCCCCCUUUUUGAGUUUACACAUUGACAACUUAUAACCUCUGAGUUAUACCAGUCUUAAUGGGGGAGGAAGGGAUUUGCAAGUAAGGGGAUUGAGUCAGAACAAUUUAGGGAAACUGAGGCAGGAUAAUUAGGGAAACUGAGUCAGGACAAUUAAAAGAGAACUGUGGUACAGUAUGAUAAUAUGACAUGGUGGAGAAAUUACUACUAAAUGGAGAGACCAAAAUGACUUCACUUUUGGAAGUUGUAUAUAUCCUGAACUUUAGAGGCUAGAGCAUCUCCAUCCAGUGAUGGAGAAAAUGAUUUUUGUGCAUGGUGGCCAGUCUGAGCAACAGGCGGUAGUAGAAGGCUGAAUUUGGGGCACAACAAAUAGGGCAGCGAAGUCGUGUCAAAUGUGUGCAGGGCUAUGGUAGGUUGGAACCUGUCCUACACAAUAUUUUAAAUCCCCUGGCACUGAGUUGGCAUUUUUCUCUACAAACAAUGGUGAGCCAAUAAAGUGAGAGAGUGGACAGAGGCCCUAGUUUGGCAAUCCCAUGAAAAAAGGGUUAAAAAGGCAGAGGCUGGAAGCUGAACCCAAUUAGAAGACUAUUGCAAAUACAUAUCAAUAUGUAUCAGGAUCAAUAGAAGUGCUGGUAGUUAGAACCAAAGCUAUUGUACCCAUAACUUGGGUCCCUAUAAAUUCUAAGUAUCAACUAACUGAUCAACUGAUCGACUCCCAGAAACCUUACAGGAACUUCCAGCUGCAUCACACAGGUGGAGAAUAUUCACAGGGAUUGUGAUCUUUAGAUCGAAUGGAGUCUGAUUGCUGCUGGUUACAUUCUCUUAUUUGUGGGGCGGGGAAGGGGUGUCACUGAACUUGUCCCUUUUUGCUUGGAGGGGCAGGGGAGAGAGAAUUUUUUUUUUGCAGUUAAGGAGAUGAUGAUGAUGAUGAAAAUGAUAAUCACAGUAUUUUACAUAAGAUAUUCAGUUAAUGUGGGUGAAAGAAGAAUGUGAGCUCAGCAGUUAGACUCAAGGCUAUGUUACCAAAUGGAACCAAGCCCAGUUCUGUGCUUGUGCUUGCGGAUACCCACAGUUAGUAAACUUUAGACCUGGAAGAAAUGGUGCUGUCCACAGUACAAUUGCGGGGCACUGGAUUCUCAUCUCUGACAUUUUCUGCCUGUGUGACGUUGGUCAAGUCCUAGAACCUUCUUCUGCCUUGGUUUCUCAUCUGCUGAAUGAUUGAAUUGGGCAAGUUGGCCUCUGAAGUCCCUUUCAGUGCCUCAUUUAGGAUCCCAGGCAGUUGGAGAGUUGCUCAUCUGGGCCAAAUUCACAAUAAAUUUGUUAUCUACUAGCUGAUCCUUCACCACUGCUGGACGAUCCUCCCCCGCCCCCCAACUGAAAUCUCUAAUCCACUCCCCAAAGCAAUCAGUGCAAACUGUGUGGGACGCAGGGACCCUUGCCAAUAAUUCCAGAGCCUCAGGAUAAGUGUAGUAAAAAAGAAAGUUUAUUAGCUUUCUCCAGAAAGGACACUCUGAACACCAAAGGUGGUGCUGUUAACAGAGAAGCGCUCGUGUGUGUUCAGCAGAGCAGAUUCUAUAGACUUCCCCAUCCCUUCUUUCUCUUUGACCCAUCUGGGUCUCAGGAGGUACAAUCUAUUCUUGGAAUACCCCAGCACAAAAGCAAAGCAAACAAGUCUCACCAGAUGGUGAGGGGAUGACCCCUUUCCCUUCUAGUCUGGAGGUUGCAAUAACUUUUGUUUUCGCUAGGGGAAGUAUGGCUUCAUAGUCGGAAUGUACUUUAGCUUUCAAAAACAAUUUGAUUUACAAGGCAAGAUACACGCCAGAUUAUCUGAGCAAUUCAGAUCACAUGAUGGGAAAGCCUCACCUAGUAGUUUGUGUUUUAAAAUGCAUUAAAAAAAAUGCAUAGGAUUACAAAAGUAGUCACACAAAAUUAUCAAAAGAUUUUUUAAAAGUUCAUAGAUCUGAAGUGAAGAAUCCCUGACCAGGUGGGGAGGGGGAGAAAAGGGGGGGACGACUUCUCCUCAGGUUUUAAUUCUCUAUCAAGAAAGAAUGUUAACCUGGGCUAAAAUAAUUCUUGUUUGUUCCACUUAGAAGUUCUCUAUCUCUUGGAUAAGGGUUUUGUUCUGGCUGGAAGUCUCUGGUUGUAUUGAUAGGGUAAAUGUGCCUGGGAGCAACCUAGGAUCCAAGGGCCCUGUGAGGAGCAAGCCGGACCUGGGGAGUUACCUGGUAUGGCCCCAGUGGUUGCAGAUGAUCUGGAGGUUGAGCUGUAGAUGCCAGCUCCCCAGACCGUCCUGUAUAAAAGGGACUCUGAUAGCGGCUGAUUUGCUGAUGCAUAAAGUAGAAUAAUUAGCGCAUCUUUCCCCACCGAGCUUCUCUCUCCCCCCGUGUUACGGGGAACCUGGCCCACUGGCUUUGCCCAUCAGAGCUUCGCUCUCCCCCCGUUAUGGGGAACCUGGCCCACUGGCUUUGCCCAUCAGAGCUUCUCUCUCCCCCCGUUAUGGGGAACCUGGCCCACUGGCUUUGCCCCCCAGUUGGAGCUGGUUCUGGCCUGUGAAUCCAUUCUGGACGACUCGCGACUCGUGCCCAUCAGCGAGAUCUGGGAGCAGGGAGGAAAGCUUUGGCUCGGGAGCAUUUCUUUCCGUCAUUGUGGCCUCGGGUUCUUUCCCCAUGAUUACUUUUGCAUUAAGGGGCUCCGUUCUCAGGUAUAACGCCAUUACAGGCAGAAACUUCUCUCCCUGACAAACUCUUUUUAGCAGUCUAGGUCACGGCAGAAAGGCUUCACAAUUCAAGGGAUCCGUAGGUUUUUAUUAAGUGCUUUCAGUGUUUUGGGCACUUUGUUAAAGCGCUGAGAAAACCGAGACAAAAGAAAACCGCUUUUUGCCUCCAGUGAUUUACAUUUGAAUGGGGUGGAGAGGUGCCUUCCUAAGGAGAUUUCCCUUUCACUGCAACUUAAACGUUUCUCUUUCUCUGCUACACCGAAUGGAGCGGUCAGUCUCAAGUCUCUCCCACUCCAGCCCACCGUCCAUUCUGCCACUCAAGCGAUUUUACUAAAACGGAUGUCCGAUCAUGUCCCACAAAUCCAUCCUCUCCCCAACGCAACACACUGGCUCCCUCUUGCCCCAGGAGCAAAAACAAAAAUGCUGCUAGAAGUUCAAAGCCCUUUAUAACUUGGUCCCCUUAGGCUUGUCACAUCCCCGACCCAUACUCUUCAGUCCAGGGACCCUGGCCUCCAGCUGUUCCCAAUUCUCAAUUCUUUUAUUUAUCUGAGGUGAGGGGGAGAAUUACAAAGCAUCUCCGACA